AUGAUGCUGGCUGUCUUGAUAAAGACAGAUUCUGGCUGUCUUGGUAAAGACAUUUCUGAGACACAAGAUCCUGGCUGUCUUGAUAAAGACAGGUCUGAGACACAAGAUCCUGGCUGUCUUGAUAAAGACAUUUCUGAGACACAAGAUCCUGGUUGUCUUGAUAAAGACAUUUCUGAGACACAAGAUGCUGGCUGUCUUGAUAAAGACAUUUCUGAGACACAAGAUGCUGGCUGUCUUGAUAAAGACAUUUCUGAGACACAAGAUCCUGGCUGUCUUGAUAAAGACAGGUCUGAGACACAAGAUCCUGGCUGUCUUGAUAAAGACAUUUCUGAGACACAAGAUCCUGGUUGUCUUGAUAAAGACAUUUCUGAGACACAAGAUGCUGGCUGUCUUGAUAAAGACAUUUCUGAGACACAAGAUCCUGGUUGUCUUGAUAAAGACAGGUCUGAGACACAAGAUCCUGGCUGUCUUGGUAAAGACAUUUCUGAGACACAAGAUCCUGGCUGUCUUGAUAAAGACAUUUCUGAGACACAUGAUGCUGGCUGUCUUGAUAAAGACAUUUCUGAGACACAAGAUCCUGGUUGUCUUGAUAAAGACAGGUCUGAGACACAAGAUCCUGGCUGUCUUGGUAAAGACAUUUCUGAGACACAAGAUCCUGGCUGUCUUGAUAAAGACAUUUCUGAGACACAAGAUCCUGGCUGUCUUGAUAAAGACAUUUCUGAGACACAUGAUGCUGGCUGUCUUGAUAAAGACAUUUCUGAGACACAAGAUCCUGUCUGUCUUGAUAAAGACAUUUCUGAGACACAAGAUCCUGGCUGUCUUGAUAAAGACAUUUCUGAGACACAUGAUGCUGGCUGUCUUGAUAAAGACAGGUCAGAGACACGAGAUCCUGGCUGUCUUGGUAAAGACAUUUCUGAGACACACGAUCCUGGCUGUCUUGGUAAAGACGUGCCAGACCAGUGGUUGAACUGUCCCAGUAAUGCCGGGUUGAAUGCCGUCUGCUCUGAGUCCUGGUUGUCAAACAUCUCAUGA